AGCCAACAGUCUCUCACUCCUCCUCCUCUCUCGCGCACAGUCUCUCGUGGAUUCGUAGUUUUUCUCAAAAACUUUCCUGAAUGUGGCUUUAUUUGACCCGGCAGCAGAUCGGCAGAUCAGAUGUGAAGCGCGUCUAGAGGCGCUCCCGGACCAGCAUGCAGUGAUUUUACCUGCAUCCGCUCUUUAUCUCUUCAUCCACGCGGAUGCGCAGCUACGCGGUGAGGAUAUGUACCAAGGCAUUAUGACCACCAACCAUGGACCCCCCUCCUACGAAACCGGAUUCCUCCACAACGCCACGGCAGGCACCUCUCCGGUUUACGUGCCCACGACACGGGUCGUUACCCCCAUGAUCUCGGCGCUGCCGUACCUGCAGACGCCCGGAGCGUCGCAGCAGGGCAGUCCGGUGUCAAGCCACUCAGCCUGGGCACAGCCAGGCGCAGACUCGGUGCCUUCUUACAACCACACCCCCGUUUCGCCUCGCUUCACCUUCUCCACCAGCCCGCCGCUGUCCUCCGGGAUGGCGACGGCCCGCGAGACAGCAGUGUCCUACUCCAGUCCUCUGAACAUCUCUGCAAACGGCAGGGAGCACUACAGCGCCCGCAGCCUCAGCGGCUCCUACCACAGCCCCUACCCGGCCUACAUGAGCCCAAAUGUGGGCGGCACGUGGCCGGCGUCCCCCUUCGACAGUCCGGUCCUGCACGGCCUUCAAGCCGGCGCGUCUCCGAGCGCAACGCGGCACCCAAACAUAGAUUUGUUUGAUGACUUCGCUGAGGGGCGAGAAUGCGUGAACUGCGGCGCGAUGUCAACUCCUCUCUGGAGGCGGGAUGGUACUGGCCACUACCUGUGUAAUGCUUGUGGACUGUACCACAAGAUGAACGGCAUCAACAGGCCUCUCAUCAAACCCCAGAGGCGGCUGGUGAGGGAAUCAGUGUCAGCUUCGAGGAGGGUGGGUCUGUCCUGCACCAACUGUCACACCACAACCACCACCCUGUGGAGGCGAAACGCAGAAGGGGAGCCUGUCUGCAAUGCCUGCGGCCUCUACAUGAAACUUCACGGGGUCCCUCGACCUCUCGCGAUGAAGAAAGACGGGAUCCAGACUCGUAAACGCAAACCUAAGAACCUCAACAAGACCCAAAGUGGAACUCCGGGCAGUGAUGGGACUCCAGUUACAACGAGCAGCACUCCCCGCUCCUCCUCCUCCUCCACCACAGAGGAACCUCGGCAGAUAAAAACAGAGCCGGAGAACCACAACGCGUAUGCACACCACAACACACACGCACAGAUUUCUGCUCUACCAGCCUACAUGGCAGCUCAGGGAGGUGCUAUCCCUCACAAGAUGUCCCCUGGGGGGCACAGCGGGUCCUCCAGCUCCAAAGCAGAACAAUGGAACAACCUCAUCCUGGCUUAGAGGACCUACAGACCAGAAAAUCUUAAAAUAAAAUACUACCUAUGUACAGCUUUCAGAUGAACCUUUGAUCUAACCGGUGUGAUGAUCAUGACCAGAUGUGGGAGAUCUUCUGCACACGUUCUGUGCACAAUCUGAGCCGAUGUCUGAGAAGUGACACAAUGACGCACAACACUCUUUCCUUCAUUGUGAUGUGCGGCAGUAGACAUUUCCAUGGACUCAAACGCAGCAGCAAGUCCGAUGAAAGGGUCCCUUCAUAAUCAUACACCAUCGUCUCUGUACAAAAUGCAGUGACACCACAAAACAAUAAAUGUACAUAAGAGUUGUUGUUUGUGGUGCUUCUAAAGCUUUUCUCUGGAACAAAUGCAUGCCUUGCAAUGAAGUUAGAAAGCCAAAAGAGACUCGUGAGUUGAGUGGUGGUGUAAAGUUGAAAAAGAAAAGCUUAAAUUUCUGGACUUUUGCACAAGAUCCUAACAAUAUUACUUUGCCUUUGGAUUAUUGUCUCGCGAUUAAUUGCUUUAACUCAUCCUGCAAAUCUCAUCAUAACUACCUUUGUUGCAGAAUGUAACACAACUCACCUAAAAAGUUCAGACAUGUUAGCAAUUGUUUGACAACUUUAGCUGCAACACAUGAAAUUAUCUUUAUUCUCUGGGCCCCAGAAAGUUAAUUUAAGCAAGAUUUAAUUCACUUUAUAAUGGUUUUAUUUUUUUCCAUGUUCUCUCUGACUGAGUCAUAACCAUUUGGAUGAAGUUUAACAGCAGAUCUUAGACUAGCUGUCCGUCACUCCUCACUCCCCAGUUAUACCUCAGAAAGCUUAUCUCCCACUCCCUCGUGGCCCAUUGUUUCUAAUCUCUCUGGGCUUUUGUCCAAAAGAUUUAAAUCUAAUAAAUACAUGACAGCGUUGAGAUAAGUUACAAAGUACAACACAUGAUAAACUACCUUUGGAGCAUAACCACCGCUGAAGGAGAACUGCAGGCGCACAGCUCCCUCUGUUGGUUCCAGAUCAGACCUGCAUCCUCUGAAGAAGCUGGUAUUUAUUUGCACACCUGAGCGGUGUGUGUUAGUAUUUUCAAUUUACUUGGAAGUAUCUGGCAUAUAUAUUAAGAAAUAAGAAAAUAUAUGUGCUACUAUAGAAAAAGUUUCACUCCUGCGUAAUCAUGUAAAAACUCAUUUGUGAUACAAUGUAAGCAAAAGGCUAAAAGAAAUAAAGACAGCCUUUGGGCACAG